UUUAAGAUACUCACACAGAUGGACGAGCUGUCUCUUCAAUCUCCACCCAGGCUCCUCAAGGUUUUGGUUGUCUAUUUCCUCCUGACACAAUGUUAUAGAGAUACUGCUUCCUCGCCCGUCAUCAGUUUACUGGGGAUUGACAGAAACAGAGGAGCAGUGAUCUUAAACUGUGACUCUAACAGCUGGUAUCCA